AUGUCUGGACGCGGGAAGCAGGGCGGCAAAGCUCGCGCCAAGGCCAAGACUCGCUCUUCCCGGGCCGGGCUGCAGUUCCCCGUGGGCCGUGUGCACCGCCUGCUCCGCAAGGGCAACUACGCCGAGCGGGUGGGAGCCGGCGCGCCGGUGUACCUGGCGGCGGUGCUGGAGUAUCUGACCGCCGAGAUCCUGGAGCUGGCGGGCAACGCGGCCCGCGACAACAAGAAGACGCGCAUCAUCCCGCGCCACCUGCAGCUGGCCAUCCGCAACGACGAGGAGCUCAACAAGCUGCUGGGUCGCGUGACCAUCGCUCAGGGCGGCGUCCUGCCCAACAUCCAGGCCGUGCUGCUGCCCAAGAAAUUCCCCGUGGGCCGUGUGCACCGCCUGCUCCGCAAGGGCAACUACGCCGAGCGGGUGGGAGCCGGCGCGCCGGUGUACCUGGCGGCGGUGCUGGAGUAUCUGACCGCCGAGAUCCUGGAGCUGGCGGGCAACGCGGCCCGCGACAACAAGAAGACGCGCAUCAUCCCGCGCCACCUGCAGCUGGCCAUCCGCAACGACGAGGAGCUCAACAAGCUGCUGGGUAAAGUCACCAUCGCUCAGGGCGGCGUCCUGCCCAACAUCCAGGCCGUGCUGCUGCCCAAGAAGACCGAGAGUCACCACAAGGCCAAGGGCAAGUAG